GUUCAGAGUCCAGGCAAUUCCUUUCCUGAUCUCUUUCUCUGUCCUGCUUAAGACAUCCUGGUCCCUGCCAUACAAAACUAGCGAUGACUUCCUCAAUGGCUGGGCAGCCCAUCUUUCUGGAUGGAGAAAACUGCAAGCCUUCAUGGAAAGGGGCGACUGCAGGCUACAAUCCAACAGACACCCACUUGGAGAUCAUGGGGAAGCCAGUUAUGGAGCGGUGGGAGACCCCUUAUAUGCAUUCCCUUGCCACUGUGGCAGCCUCCAAAGGGGGCCGUGUGCUGGAGGUGGGGUUCGGCAUGGGUAUUGCCGCCAGCAAAAUCGAACAGUUCAACAUUGAGGAGCAUUGGAUCAUUGAGUGCAAUGAGGGGGUGUUCCAGCGCCUGCAGGAGUGGGCCAAAACACAGCCACACAAGGUCGUUCCCCUGAAGGGGCUGUGGGAAGAUGUCGUCCCAACACUGCCCAAAGAACAUUUUGAUGGAAUCCUCUACGACACCUACCCACUGUCUGAGGACACCUGGCACACACACCAGUUUGGCUUCAUCAAGGGUCACGCGUAUCACCUGCUCAAACCUGGUGGUGUUCUCACUUACUGCAAUCUGACAUCUUGGGGUGAGCUGCUCAAGAACAAGUACUCCAGCAUCGAGAAGAUGUUUCAGGAAACCCAAGUAGUGCACCUGGUGGAGGCUGGCUUCAAGGAGGAGAACAUCCACACCACUGUCAUGGAUCUGGUUCCCCCAGCUGACUGCCGGUACUACUCUUUUCCCAAGAUGAUCACCCCCACCCUCAUCAAAUAACAUCAACCUGCGCCCCACCCCAGUCGCCUGAUUCCACUGAGAAAGGAUGGAACGGAAAGCUCCCUUAACCAAAGACCAAACAGAAGAAAUUGAAUCUCCCUUCAGUGUCUGGAGAAAAAGAUAUUCAAAGGAGGCCCUGAAUGUGGUCUACUGAGACUUGUUGGAGUGAGAGGAUUAGUUUCAACUGCCUGUUCUGGCAUCAUCUGUCUACUAACUGGACUACCACUGCACCUGAGCUACUGGCAGGUGGACUCAAGUUAACCCACCCCAUUUGGAGAGUCUAACAAAGUUUUAUGAGCACAGUUGUAAAAUCCAAUGCAGAAUACACUCUUUUGACAUC